AACAGUAUAUUACAAAAGAAAUCAGACAGCAGUUGAAUGAAAAAAUCAAAUCCAAAAAGGGAAGACUGAUUAUCAGAAACUUAUCUUUUAAAGCCACUGAUAAAAAGAUCAAACAAGCUUUCUCUAAAUUUGGAAAUAUCACAGAAAUAACCAUUCCUAAGAAAGAAGAUGGAAAAAUGAAAGGUUUUGCAUUUGUGCAGUUUGAGAACACUUCCAGUGCAAUUAAAGCUAUAAAUUCUCUCAAUGCAAAAGAAUUUUUAGGUAGACCAAUUGCAGUUGACUUUUCACUCCCUAAACUCAAGUAUAAAGAAAUUGCAGAGAAGUCAGUAGAGCAGCAACAAGAAACUAAGACAGAAAACUGUAAAGGUGAUUCAGAAUCAGAAGAUGGUGAAAACAAUGUUUCAGACAAUGAGGAUGAAUCUAAUAAAAGUGAAAGUGAGGAUGAUGAUGAAGAAAGUAGUACAUCAGAGGAUGAAGGGGAUGAAGAUGAUGAUGAGAAAUCAUUAACAGAAGAGCAGACUAGCAAUGGACCAAAUGAUAAAGAAAACAAAUCUUAUCAAGGAAGAAAGGUGGAUGCCCAGUCAUCAAAGGACAUCACUGAGGGAAGAACUCUCUUUAUUCGAAACGUUGCCUUCAGUACAACAACAGAGACUUUGAAUGAAGCAAUGACUGAAUUUGGGCCAAUUAAAUAUGCUGUUCUAUGUAUGGAUGCAAUAACAGAACACCCUAAAGGAACAGCUUUUGUACAGUUUUUAAAAAAAGAUGACGCAGAAAAAUGUUUGAAUAAAGCUAAUGAUGAAUCACAGAAUGGAGGAAUUAUUCUAGAUGGAAGGAAACUCAACAUUUCCCUUGCUCUCAGUCGUACAGAAAUACAAAAGAAAAUGCAAGAGAAGCAUGAAAAGAAACCAAAUGAUCGUCGGAACCUAUAUCUUGCUCGAGAAGGACAGGUACGAGUUGGAUCAAUGGCUGCUGAAGGUGUGUCUCAGACUGAUCUUGCAAAACGAAUGCAGUUAGAAGCCAGAAAGCGAAAACUGCUGCGUAACUAUCAGUACUUUGUUUCACCAAUACGACUGAUGGUACAUAACAUUCCGGCAUCAGUAGAUGACAGAAAACUAAAAGGAAUAUUCCUCCAAGCUGUUGGAGAUACCAAAUCAAGAAUCACAGAGGCAAGAGUGAUGCGUAAUUUAAAACAGGUUGAUACUAAAAAGCAGGGGAAAUCAAAAGGUUUUGGUUUUGUUGCUUUUACGGAACAUGAUCAUGCUCUCAAAGCUUUGCGGGAGCUGAAUAACAAUCCAGAUAUUUUUACUGUAAAAAAGAGACCAAUUGUUGAGUUUUCAGUGGAAAAUAGAGCUGCUUUGAAUGCAAAGGCAAGAAGGUUAGAGAAAAGUAGAGAGAAUUUAAAAAAACAAGGUGAAGGAGGACCACGACUUGCUAAGGUUCCUCGGAAAUUUAAUAAAAAGGAGAAGAAAAGUUCUCGGAUGCCUCCACAGAAACAUGCUGAAGACGGUAAAUCUUAUAUGGGAUCAAAAGCAAAGGAAGGAAUGAAAGGACUCUCAAGUCAUUUUGGACCAAAAAUUCGACAUAAACGACCAAAACUUCAAACUGAUAACCUUGAGAAAAAUCCUAAACGGAGAAGACUAGAAAUGGUCACUGCUUCAGAAGUACAUAUAAGAGAUAACCAUGAAGACACAAGUGUUAAAAAGAAACAAAAAAAGAAGAAUCAAAGAAGAAAAUCUAACAAUCCUCAACAAAAUGACAACUUUUCUCGUCUUGUGGAACAGUAUAAACAGAAACUGAUGACUCCUGAAAUGGUCUCUCGAAGAUCAAAGUGGUUUGAAGAAUCCUAGAAGAUCCAUAAACAAAUACUAAAUGAGGAUGGUGACAAAUUGGGAAACUUUUAUGAUUCUUUAAAGUAUAUUAAGCCAUUAAUACACAACUUGCUUGUACAUAUGGAACAUUAAAAUCGUUUAUCAGUCUC